AUGGAUCACGAUCCCAACAACGCCUCUUUAAGAGAUCUCCUCUCUUCCCCACACACAGAUCUUCUUCAGAUAAUGCAGUACAUGCAUGAACAUCCAUCUGUAGGCGUCUGGCAAUACAUAUGCAGUAGAAUUAGACAUUCCAGUCCCCAGAUUCGAUACCUUCCUCAGCUUGUCCAUGUGUUUCUCUACAACAAAGAUAGAAUGUCUAGCAAGCCAAUGCACGCUCUCCUUAGUCACUGGGCUGGAAAAGAUAGGGAGUUUUGCUGUGCACUAUACUUCCAUCUGAGAAGCGCUCUUGAAAGCAACAGCGACAUAAGAUCUAUAUCUUGCUACUUUCUGAUCUGCGACAUAUUCGAGACCGAAAGAAAGAGGAUGUGCCGGAACACAAGGAUCCUGGAGCUGCAGUAUAGAUACAAGACAAAAACCGGUAGAACCCUUGGAACACUUGUUGCAAGAAAGGGAUAUCCUCCCCUUCGAGGAAUCCUCCUGUUCUUUGUGAAAGCCGUGUCAUGGAUGGUUCAUCCAAGACUCUUUAAGAGAAUCCAUGAUUAUGAAGAAAUGUUCCUGGAAACAAGAGAGGUAUGUAACAUCAAUGUGAAAAGGGAUUUAAGAUUUGGGAAUGCAUUCGAUGGCCCCGGAGUAAGCUCAAGCAUCUCGUUUCUCGAGUCCCUAGUUGAGAUCCCAAGUAGGUUGAAGAAGCUCCCUCGGCACUUAAGGCAAAGAGGACUAGACAUGGAGAUCAAGCUUCUAAACCAUAACCUGCCUGCAAAGGUAUCUCUUCCAUUCCAUUCGGGAAGGUUUGUGCUGACUGCUAGAGUCGAGGAAUCGUUUCUACUAGAUUCGGCAGAAAACUCUCCUUUUCUCGUUGUAUUUGAGACUGCACUAGAAGUGCCAAGAAGAAGUUGUGCAAAAGAGGAGAUCAAAGAUGCAUUGUUUUUGAAGCAACAGCUGGACGCAGUCAAUGGGCUUUCCUCUCUAAGCGAGAUAAAUGUUGUUAAGGAGAAUGUGAUGACCUCUAUAGAAAAGAUUCUGAUGACCGAAAGAUACGAAAAUACUUCUCUUGAGAACUCUCCAAACUUGGAGGCUUGGAGAAGUGAUGAAGAAAAAAUAGACAAACAUCUAGAUGACAUUCAUGUUCAGCAGAAGAUUUCUAAGAAUUCUGUUGAUGCAGGAAUGCUUUUUAUGAACCAUAGAUCGUACUCUGCAGGACAGUUAGCAGAAGGAAAUAGCUCCUUUGGAAAGAGCGAGGAGGAAAAGAAGCUUGGAGGCUCGGCAAGCUAUAGGCGCCAUAGCGGAUGGAUACUUAAGAAAGCUGAACUUAGAAGAACCUCUUUGUUCAAUGAUGUUGCUGGAUGGACGGCAGAGUCCGUGAUUGUAAAGACAGGAAACUCUCUAAGACAGGAGCUAAUGGCCCACCAGGUUCUUCAAGAAAUGAAGAAAAUCUGGAGAAAAGAGAAUAGUCCUAUUUGGGUCCAAGCUUAUCAGAUCUACCUUGUAAGUGACACUAGUGGAAUAAUAGAGACGGUGGUGGAUGCUUUGUCAAUACACAAGAUCAAGAAAAAGAUGAUGUCGGAAAAUAAGAAUUACUCUCUGAAGAACUACUUCACAGAGUCCUUCGAGCCAAACAGCGAAAAGUACAGGAGCUGCUUGCGAAACUUCCUCUACUCUCUUGUGGGAUACUCCCUAGCCACAUACAUUCUACAGGUCAAGGACAGACAUAACGGAAACAUAAUGAUUGAUGGGCAAGGGCAUAUCAUCCAUGUUGACUUUGGAUUUAUAAUGGGAAAUCAUCCGGGUUUCUACUGUGUCGAAGCAGCGCCAUUCAAAUUCUCAAAAGAGUAUCUUGAGCUCCUCGAGGGUCUGAUGGAUGAGUUCAAGGACCUGUUUCUUCAGGGGUACAUGGCACUGAGAAAGCACAGCAGCAGUCUUUUCAGGAUCAUGGAGACGAUGCCAGGAAGCUCUAGUGUAGAGUGCUUCAACAGGAGAGAGCUUCAAAACUUCAAGGAUAGGUUUCGGAUGGAUCUCAACGAGGAGAGGGUUGAGGAACACGUGACAUACUUGAUAAAUAAGAGCCUUAACAGUAUGGGAACGGGGCUGUACGAUUCCUACCAAUACUUUUCAUAUGGAUAUCUUUAG